GACAGAGUUGCAGUGGCUUCGGUGGAGCCGAGACGUGAGGAGAGAAGCGUACCUGUACUCUUUUUUUCAACUCUCAUUUCAUCAGAUCUGGACCUUUUCUUUUGAAAUUUGAAAAUGGCUUCUAAUUCUCAGACUGUGCACAAAUUGUACAAAAGUGUAAUCGAUGAUGUGAUUAACAACGUUCGAGAUGCAUUCUUGGACGAAGGAGUGGAGGAAAAUGUUUUGCAAGAUCUGAAACAGAUAUGGGAGGGCAAGCUCAUCCAAUCAAAAGCCAUAGAUCUCACCCAACCACAACCUCAACAUGUAGCCGGCAAGUUCAAAGGUCAACAAGAUGCUUCAAGACAAUAUCAAAUUGCCCAAUCUUCAACCGACAGGCAACAUAUCGACCAACAAAGAACUCAGCCGCAAAUGGUCCUUCAGGGGGCUCCUUCAUCACAGUCAUCUGUAUCUAACAACUUGAGCUCAUCAGCGGUUGCAGCAUCUGCAGCACUUCAGCAGAACAUGCUUCAACUACAAUCACAACAGCAACAGAUCCAGAAUGUACCAUCAUAUACCAUCCAACAAGGAGCUACUGGUGGUGCAACCCAAACAUUCCCAGCAUACCAAAUCCAGACCCAACAGCAGCAAGGUGGUGUGGUUGGGUACCCACCAAUCAUCCUCCAACCAGGUGCUCAGUCCAAUACCCAACAAUCACGUAUCAUCACACCCCAAGGUGUUGUGCUGCCCCCAGGUACAUUAAGAGUGCAAUCCAGUGGAGACCAGCCUUCAAUAGUGCAAGUUGACGGUGCUAAUGAUUCAUCAGAUGAUGAAGAGGAUGACUUCGAUGAUGAUGACGAUGAUGAUAAGGAUGACGACGAUGACGAUGAUGACAAAGAAAACGACGAUGGUGGUGGUGAAGAUGAGGAGGACCCUCUGAACUCUGCUGAUGACGUUAGUGAUGAAGAUCCGGCUGAUUUAUUUGAAUCAGAAAAUGUUGUAGUAUGCCAGUAUGACAAGAUCAAUCGGAAUAGGAAUAAAUGGAAAUUUACUUUAAAACAUGGCAUCAUGAAUCUAAAGGGAAAGGACUACGUCUUCAACAAAUCAACGGGGGAUGCUGAUUGGUAGUAUCUAUGUGAACAGUGCCCAGUCUUGCAAAGAUGUUUUGUAGAACUGUAGUCAUCAACUCUUCUUAUUUUCUGCUGUAGCAUACACAUACCUGCCAGCUGCCCCGUUACGUGGAUAAUCUUUAUUGUUGAGAGCAUUUUUUGUUUGUCCACUGGCUCAGUUUGCAUAAGUUGUAUUAGGAGCAGUAAAUAAACAUUACAAAUAUGGUUUUGUUUCCGUGAAUAGGUGCUUCAGAUUUAUUUCACUUGCCUCAAUCACCUUUUCCAACUUCACCCACUUUGCCUGAUUCAAAAGAUAAAAAAAUGUAAUGCAAAGAAAAUCAGGCUCGUCCCUAUUUCUUGACUUUGAGGGAUGAUGGCUUUCAGCGUUAUGUGCAUACAUUGUUCAUUAUUCAUUAGUCCAGUGUUAAUGUAAAUCAAUUUACAUAAACACUGGCCUGGAACCCAUAGAAAAAAACAUAAAUCUAGCACCCUGCGUUAAAAUUGUGCAUUCAUUCUUGAACCCUUAUUCAAUAUAAACUAAAUUAAAUCUGCAUUAACCAUUGGUCAAAAGUGCAGAUUCAAAACCACCUUGGUGAAUUUGUACCAACAUGGAGGUAUCUAUUUAGGCACACGAUUGUAGGUUGUGGUUAUACAAGUCAAAUUGGCUUUAGCGCCCACCCCUUUAAAAGGACCACCUUUCUAAUAAAAAACACAAAUUUGGUUUCACUUGCAUAGUUUUCUUCCCAUUGAAACAUGUAUAACAGGAACCUGUCCAUAAAGAUCACUACAUUUCUUGUCUCUCCUGGGUGGUCUUUACAUAAAGGUUUCAGUGUAUAUACUUGUUUUCUGUUCUUAUGUCAGAGAAUCUCCUGUUAUUGGACAGCUUCUAUAAUCCGGUAAAGGAGUUGGUUUUAGUACUGAUGGGCAAGGUAUUGCUUUACAGAAGUUUCAUGAGUACUUUGAAACCAGACAGCCAAUGUUGCUCUUUACUCUCCACUUGUUCUGUCAAGGUCAUCAGAACUGGCACAUGUGUGCUGUGAAAUGUGUGUAAAAUCUUGAUGAUCAUAAACUGGUCUAUAUCUAGUAUCAAACUUUACUUAACACCUAUUUGAGUAGGAUAGGAAUUUAAUUUUUAUCUUGGGACAGGACAUUUGUGGCAGUUAUUUUCAGUGAGGAUUAGGGUGCUACAUAUUUACCCCUGUCCUGUGUAGAUAUAUCCUUCAAACAAGAAAGGAGGGUGAAUUUUUUUUUUUUAGUGUGCGUAUGUCAGUCAAAUAUUAUUUGGUGUCACGCUGUACUGCUUACAUCCUUGUACCCUUAUUCUACUAUAUCACUGGGACACUUUCAUAGAGUACAGAAGUGUGGCGUCAGUUGCCAAGGUGUCAUGGCGGGCUGGUUCUAAACAGAGUCGCAGCUGACGAUCGUCUGUACACACUAGCUCAUCUGAAAAAUAGGUUGCAAGCGAUCAAAUUCCGAUAGCAGCCAUUUUCCCCUAUGAGAAACACACGCUUUCAUUCGGCGGGUUCAUUUGUUUAAAACCAGGCCGCCAUGACACCAUGGCAACUGACGUCAUCGCUUUGGUACUCUAUAAUGAUGCUGUAGCAGUGAGAUUAUGAUGUUCAGUUUUUAGAGAUAUCAAUAUUUCUAAGAUGGUGCUACAUCAAUGGGGUCUCUGUUUAUUAACAGUAAGACAAACCACGAUGCUUUUGAUAAGUCAUUAGCCAUUAGGGUAAUAUUUUUUUUAACAGCAGUGAGGUCUGCUGUUAAGUAGGGAUGCUGAUUUUCAGGAAAAACCCUUAAAUUAGGAGCCCUGGAACUUAUUUAUAGAGAUAUAUAUGUACUAAAAAAAAACUGAUGAUGUUGUUAUUUCUUUUUGAAAAUCUUCCAUUGAUUUUUUCUAAUUGAUUUGGCCACUUUUGUUGGUUAAAAUGUGAUUCUACUUUUCAAAAGUGUACUAUUGAAACAUUCUGUUAAUAUUUUAAAAUCCAACUGAACCAUCAUUUAAUCAAUAUAUUUUUAAAAUAGGAUUUCUUUUUUUUUCUCCUUUGCAAACCAAAGAUAAUUAGGAAAUUAUAUACAGGUAUAUAUUUUUUUUAAGGGGGGGGGGGGUUUGAUCUUGAUUCUCAGAAUAUCCAACUCAAUUCUAUUUAUGUGUCUAUGCCUCCUUUUAACAUUUUAACAGCUUCAUUGAUGGCAAGAGACCAUGUUCACAAUUAAAAAAAAAAGUAUAUUUCACUAACUUGUUGCCAAUAACAAAGUAUUUUAUGAGAAGUCUCCUCUCAGCAAACGAGUAGCCAUAAUUUCAUUCGCUCAUAAUAGGAACUUUUAAAAUCGAUAUAGAUAUGGAAAAUGGAUUUACAAAUCCUGGGAAUAGUUUCAUAGAAAGCUACUAUUAUGGUAACUUAACCAUCAUGGUAAUUACAAUGGAAAACUUCAUGAAACAAGCCCCAGGGACAAUUGAGCUUUGAAUUGGAUUGUUGUGGCCCAUGAAGCUACUAUCGUUUUUCAAGUCGUGAUUCAUGUUCAAGAAGUUGUGUUGAUCACAAAUCGUUGGAAUUGGGAAUUCGAGAUUUACAAUUGGAAAUCGGAUGAUGAUUCUAGAGCAAUGCCAAUCCACAGGACCUCUCCUUAUUGCAUGGGGAAUGCUACUACAAUCAUCUUUUUGAUUUUCAUGAAAUUAUUCAGUGGACAGGGCUUGACUCUAUGGAAAACCAGAGUAAAACACCUAUGCAGGUGUGUGCUUGAUUCUACAAAAUUGCAAGGAUUGGCUGUGACAUGCAAGCUUUAGGUACCUUGUCAAAAAUCAGUGCCUCGACUUUGAGCAGGCACUAUGCGUCUUUUCAUAUCGGCUAUUUUGCAUUCCCCAGUGUUUUAUCCAUGAUGAAGUGUGAGAAUUGGUAACAAGAGGACACUUGCGGGAAUCCUGCCUUUUAAGACGGGUUCCUAAUUCGUGACAAGGUACCUGAAUGCUGCCACACACUAUCUUAAUUUUCAUGAUAUUAUUCAGAUUAAAAAAUCAUGUGUUGUAGACUUGAUUUGGUUUUUAUUUUUCUUGUACCUACCAUCAAACGAGCUCCACUGAGGACAAAUCAUGAAUUCCCUAUUGUCUUAAUGAACCAAUCUAUUUCCAUGCUUGAUGGAGACUAGAGAGCCCAUGUAACAUUUUAUUGUUGGCAUGAACCAUCCCUUCUGUUCUCAGUAUAUGCUUUGGCAGUUUUUUUCAUAUUUAUGAAAAUUUGGCUGAAAAUGAUAUUUAUUUACAAGAAGUUUACUGCUACAUUAGCUUUCUUUCACAUUAUGUGAAAUAAAAAUUCAAUAAUGAAUGUGUACUGAAAGAAGGGGUAGAGUACAUGUAAUUUGUGCAUGUAAGCAAUUGAUUUGUGACAAUGGUGACUCGUAUUAUUGCAGCUGUUAUAGUGAUCUUCAGCAUUCAUGCAUUGACUUAGCAUAGUUGAUUGUGUGCUUGGAUAAUCACUGCCAAAUGUGAUCCAUUCAACUCCUUGUUGUUUUAGAGGUAUAAAAUUUGAAUUUCAUUUUGAAAGUGUAGUAGCCCAUGGAGUUGAUUUAUUAAGCAUGAAUCUUGAUUUCUUGAUUUGCAUACACCAACAUCUCGGUGGAUGCAGUCUAGAAUCACUAGCAAAUAAAGUGCCAAAAUCCAUUGUAGGAUUUUUUUUUCAGAUGUUAAAAGAAACUAUGACUGUGUUUAGAUUUUAGAAAAUUAGAAUUCAAGUCUGGUAAAAAAUGUACAGUGCACUCACAAUAUGUGUUCAUAAUGUCAAACAUUCAAACGUAGUUAAUGUGAUUGAAAAUGAUCAAGAAACCUGUACGGAUUGCCAGGGGUCCAGCGUCAAGGGAGGCGUUUCACAAAGUACGACGUAAAAUCUUGCAGUAGCACCUACGCAAAUGUUAUUUAAGUUACAAUCUCAUGAAUAGAUAAGUAGAAGCAUGCAUCCCCUGUGCUUGAUCUGACCUCUGCAGUUAUUUGUUAUUGUUCUGCACAGUGUGAUAGUCACACAUAAUGAAACCAAAAAAUAUCAUAUGCGGACAUCUAAUUUUUGUCUUUAGUAAUCAGGGGUGUGAAAGUUCAGCUCUUUUGCUGAUCUCAGCUAAAAUUUCUUUUGCUUAAUGUCAGCAUGUUUUAGCUUUCAUGUCUACAAAAACUAUGAGAGCUCUUUCAAUUCAGUUUUUUCAGCUCUUUAUUUGUUAUCACACCCCUGAGUAAUGUCUUUUAUAAUUAGUUCUACAUUCCUCAUAUACUGUAGUUUGUUUCACAUAGUUGUUUGGCAACUUGUAAUUUAUUAUGGACUGUUAAGCAUUCAUUUUUUUCAUUGACCUUAUGCCAUCCUUACCAUGGAGUGGAGGAGGAAAGUUUAACUUUCCAAGAGUUUCCAUGGCAAUUGAGAAUUUAGAUGUACCUCAUUCAUUUAAAGGGAUAGUCCAGGCUGGAGAUAUUUCUAUCUCAAUAAAUAGAGUGAAAUUCACAGAGCAAAAUGCUGAAAAUUUGAUCAAAAUCGGAUUUGCAUUAUUCCGGUGAAACAGUUCUAGGCAUGUCUUUAUGAAUAUUCAUUAGGUGAGCUGAUGAUGUCAUAUCCCCACUUGUUCUUUAGUAUUGUAUUACAUGUAUAUGAAAUUAGGUUUAUUCAAUUUUUUUCUACCAAGAACUAAAACAAUUUGAUUGACAACUGAUUCAGUGCAUUAGUUAUUUAUUGCCGCAACUUAUUUCAUCAUAAUGGAGACACAUCAUUUACACACGUAUGAGAAAAUGAAACAUUUAUGAUUUCAUGUAAUAACAUAAGAAAAAGGAAAGUGGAGAUGUGACAUCAUUAGCCCACCUAAUGAAUAUUCAUGACGAUGUGCAUAUAACCGUUUUCACAAAAUAUUUAUAAACUUUAAAAUUCAAUAACUUUGUAAUUUGUUAUCUGAAUUUAAUGAAAUUUUCAGCUUUUUGCUCUGAAUUUUACUCUAUUUAUUUAGAUAUAAAUAUUUUCAGCCUGGACCAUCCCUUUAAGAAUAAUAUUAUAAUAGUUUGCAUUUUUUUCUGGUCAGUUGAGAGUGAAUCUUGUCUUCAGAUAUUUGUCAUGAUCCAAUCAAUCAAAAAUCUGAAACGACACGGACAAGCUCUGACCUACAGAGCCUGCGCUUAGAGUGUUUUCUAAAUAUGACAAAUGCUUGUGCUUGCAUCAGUGUUAUACCAAUCAUUGUGCUCGUUUUUGUUUAAAAAAAAAGAGAGAGUGCAUAUGUGCUCAUAGAUAAAGAAUUAUGACAUUGGCUCUCCAUCAUUGACAUUCAUUGCAUCAAUCAUAAUUUCUUGAAAGAUAGGGCGAUUUGUACUUAAGAAUGAUGGGAUCAUGCUUAAACACGAUGAAGGGCAAAUCUGAUGUGCUAUUAAGAGUAAAGUUUGAAGCAGAGGGAGAGGUGAACAUAAUUUGAGAGCUUUCAUAUUUUCAUCUUUAUUCACAGAAAAAUCAUUGGAGAAAACCACUUAAGGUUGGUCUUCACAUGCCCUUGUAUUGGAAACAUAAGAAUACUUUGUAUUGUUUAGAAAAAGGAUCAUUUCAAACAUUAUGAUUGGAGUAUGGUCCCAUCUUUUAAUCCCCAACUAUUACACUUAACACUUGUGUUUAUGUCCAAAGUUUAAUUGCCUCAAAACAAUUUAAAAAAUCACAUGAUCACAACUGAUCUUUUUACCUUGCAGUCUAUUCCGAUAUUCGAUUAAAAAAACACUGAGAUUUGAGCAAAAGGUUAGUGAUAGUAAGAUAAACUUUUAAUUAGCAAGAUUAUUCAAACACACAUCAUCACUGACCUCAAUGAAUACAAAUUAAAAUAUUCUGAAUGUUAUAUUUCAGAAAAUGGUCACAUGUAACACUUUGACUAAAAUAAAUUAUUUGAAGAUCAGGAACUUUAAAAAAAUUGAUGGAAGUGAUUUUGUGCGUGAAAUUGAUGUAAUAUGGAUUGAUAUAGAAAUUUAUUGUUGAUUUACUUGAUAAUGGCAAAUAUUUUUCCCUUAGUAAUGUGCGUUAUGCAGAGAAUGUGACAAAGUCACCUUGUAUGGGCCAUAAUUUUUGUUGAAAAUGUUUGUUAAAGGUCACUUUUCGUUGCAAUGGAUGUAUAUGUCUGUAUACAAUUUUGUUUUAAACUACUGUGUAAAUAGCAAUUUCAUGUCAUAAAAAUAAAGAUAUAUACAUGUGUUUAUUUA